AUGAAUGAAAGACUGACUAAAGGUGUGGAGGAGGAGGAAAUUCAUGAAGCACUUUUUUCUAUGAACUCUGAAAAAGCCCCAGGUCAAGAUGGGAUGACUCCUUUGUUCUUCCAAAGGUUCUGGAGUACCAUCAAAUGUGAUGUUAUCCCUGCAAUCAAAGCCUUCUUUUCAUCCGGAUACAUGCUUAAAUCAGUUAAUCAUACUGUCAUAUCCCUGGUCCCUAAAAUGUUGCAUCCAACCAGUUUGAAGAACUAUAGGCCUAUCAGUCUUUGUAGUGUACUCUACAAAAUCAUUUCUAAAAUCCUUGCUAAUCGACUGAAGUCUGUCCUGGAUAAAUGCAUAAGCAAAACUCAAUCUGCCUUCAUCCCAGAUAGACAGAUCCUUGACAAUGUGAUGAUUGCACAUGAAUAUAUGCAUUACCUCAAAAACAAAAGACAAGGAAACUAUGGAUACAUGGCAAUUAAAUUAGACAUGGCAAAAGCAUAUGAUAGGGUAGAGUGGCACUUUUUGCAGGCUAUGAUGGAAAAAAUGGGUUUCUGUCCGGUAUGGAUUAAAUGGAUCAAUAGCUGCUUGAAAACUGUAACUUACUCUUUCAAUUGCAAUGGAGAAGCCAAAGGUUUUGUUACUCCAGGGAGAGGCAUACGACAGGGAGACCCUCUGUCCCCUUAUUUAUUCUUGAUCUGCUCUGAAGGACUAUCAAGUUUGCUGAGGAAGGCUGAAGAGAGUAGCAGAAUUCAGGGAUUAAAAAUCAGCAGGCAAGGACCUGAACUUACCCAUCUUUUCUUUGCUGAUGACUCCCUCAUUUUUUGCAAAGCUGAUAAGCAGCAAGCUACUGAGAUUAUGAAUAUUCUUAAAACCUAUGAAGCUGCCUCAGGUCAAAUGGUCAAUCUAGACAAGUCUGCUGUAUUUUUCAGCAGAAACAUGUUUAGUGAUCAAAGGGAGGAAGUUCGCCAGGCAUUAGGAGGGAUGAAUGAGGCAAAGCAAGGAAAAUACUUAGGUCUCCCUAUGGUGAUUUCAAGAACCAAAGACCAGAUUUUUGGCUUUGUUCGAGAAAACAUUAAAAGGAGACUUCAAAACUGGAAAAGCAAGUUCCUCAGCUCAGCAGGGAAAGAGGUAAUGCUAAAGUCAGUAGCUAUGGCCAUGCCAACGUAUGUCAUGUCAUGCUUUAAGCUAUCAAGGAAACUUUGCAAAGAUAUCAGUGCUCUGAUGGCUAACUUCUGGUGGGGAGAAACAAGUGGCAGAAAUAAAAUGCACUGGACUUCUUGGGAGAGAAUGGCACGAAAGAGGAAUGAGGGAGGACUUGGAUUCAAGGACCUUGAGGCUUUCAAUAAAGCAAUGUUAGGGAAGCAGGUAUGGAGAAUCCUCACCAAGCCAAACCUUCUUGUGAGCAAGGUGCUAAAAGCUAAAUAUUUCCCUAAGGAAUCUAUACUUCAUUGCAAUCCCCCCAAAAGUGCCUCCUGGAUUUGGCAAGGCUUAAUGGGAGCAAGAAGUUUGCUGGAUAAGGGACUGAUUAGGCGAAUUGGCAAUGGCAGGAAUACACGAAUCUGGGAGCAUAAAUGGAUACCAGAGACAAUCUCAGGAAUGCCAAGUACAGUUAAGCCAAACAAUUGUGAUUUGGAAAGAGUGGAUGAGCUCAUUUGCCACAACAGAUGGAACAAGAUCACCAUAUUUAAAGUCUUCAACAGAAAUGAUGCUGAGAGGAUCCUAAGUAUUCCCCUAAGUCUUUCAGGGAGGGAAGACAGCUAUUACUGGCAACCACAGGCAGGUGGGGAGUACACGGUCAAUUCAGGUUACAAAAUCCAAAUGAAGAACAACAGACAAGUAAGGGAGGGUGGUUCAGAGGUAGCUGGUUCGAGUUAUAUAGAGGGGAGUCAGCAAAUGUCACAAAUGUGGAACACACUCUGGCAGCUUAACAUCAAGCACAAAAUCAAGCUCUUCAUUUGGAAAUGUAUACAAGGAGCUUUACCAGUGAGAGAAGCCGUGAGUAGAAGAACAAAAAUAGGAGAUCCAAUAUGCAGAACCUGUGGUGAGGCACAGGAAACAGUUGAACAUCUAUUGCUAACAUGCCCCCACACGGUUGACAUUUGGAAGGCAUCACCUAUUCACUGGGAGGGGGCUCAGGAUCAGCAGGGAGAUUUCAGAAGAUGGUGGUUUAGAAUCUCAGAAGCAAGGGCAAGACCAGAAGGGAAGGAACAUAUUGGAUUAACGGCAAAUAUCUUGUGGCAAAUAUGGAAAGAUAGGAAUAAGAAGGAGUUUGAGAGCUCAACUAGAUCACCACCACUGAGAACAGUAGAGAAAGCACAUAGAGAGUGGCUGGAGCAAGUGGAAGUAGAGAAAUCAAAAGAUAGAACGAGCACAGAAGAAACAGACCACAUGCAUGAUCAACAAAGCCAAGGCAAUGAAGCUCAGGGAGCUAUGAUCAUGGACCUGUCAACAGCUACAAGGAAAGGUCAAAACAAUCUAGGCAUUGGAGUAACAGUUAGAACAACUACAGGCACCAAGAUUGCAGAAUGGAAGCUGAAAGAAAGAAGCCUGGGGAACCAAAGCCUAGAUGAUGCAUUAGCUUUAAAGUUAGUCCUGUGUAAAGCUGCGCAAUAUCGUUGGAACAGAAUCAAGCUCAAUUUUGCCAACAAGGAGCUGCUGAAACAACUAACAAAAACACAGCCUAUGGGGAGCAGAAUGGCUACAUUGCUGGAGGAUAUUGUGAAUGUGAAAAAACUGUUUUGCAUGUGCUCCUUUUGCUUGAGUAGGGAAGAAAAUAUGAUAGAUAGUAGAAAAUUAAGUGUUGAUGCUUUAGGCAUUAUUGUGGAUGAGGAAAGGAAUGUUCCUCAGUGUCUUUGA